GGGACUCUGGGAGGGAGUCUUCCGGGUUCCUUCUGCGCGCGCGCGGCCCCGCCCACAGAUCGUCUUCCACUCGGAACUUCCGGAUUUCCCACGAGCACGGGGCCGGGGUCUGCGUCCGGGAAGGUAGCUGUUAUGAUGAGUGAAGAGGAGACGCCCCGUGGACAGAAUCCUACCCGAGAGACAACUUUGUGACUUGAACCCUCUCGCCUGCGCGUCGGAUCAGAGGCAGAACAGUCCCAGAAAGGAAGAGAUCCUAAGUUUAAGUGGCCAGGCAAUUGUUGAUGCUUCUGCCCAGAGUGACUGAGAUUGGGGUGGUGCUACCUCCUCCAGAAGUUGUCAAAGACGGGGCGAUAUUGGAAGUUACUGUUACAGAGCUUUAGCAGGAGAAUCUAAGAGCAAGCCACACCAGUUCUUUGAUGACACUGCUCCAUUUGCCUUCUCUCCCAGCUCUAUUUCUAGACUCCUCUGUGCAUCUCUAAGAGCAGCAGGAAAUGAAUACAUCUCAGUCUUUCAGGUUCUCCUUGAGCAGUUUCAUUCACUCUGAUGGCUUCAGCUACCACUAGAAUGUGGCUGUUUCUGAAAUCUCAUAUUGAGCCUAUUUCUCUCUCCUGAGCUCUGGAUCAUAUAUCCAGUUGCCAGUUGUACAUCUUCACAUCUUUAACCACAGAAAUUUCAAACAUGUCCACAUAAUGGGUGACCUGACUGAGACCAGCCAGGAAAAUCAUGGCAGACCUUUGUGGCAAAUUGUAAUCAGCAGCAACAAAACAUCAACUAAGAGGACAAGUGACUUGGGAAGAACCUUUCAUUUGAGUUCAACCCAUAUUUCAGAACUGCUUGUAGGUGACGGAAACUCCUCAGGAAUGAAACCAGAGGAGCUGAAUGUGUGUGAGAGCAUGUUUCGCCCUAGUGAGCCUGAGGAGAGACAUGCUGGAGAGAAUCCAGAGGACAGUGAUGGAACUGGGAGUUUCCUCAGAGAUGUUGAGUGUUCUCAUUGUCAGCAGAAGAGUCAAACUUUGCAGCAGCCUUUUGAGUGUAACAGACAAGGGAAAGGCUUCAGGAAGGAGGCAGUACUCCUUACACACAGGAGGGCCCCUGUGGAAGUCACGGCUUACAAACAUAGUGAAUGCUGGGGAGCCCGUGAUGGGUCAGCUCUCAUUGCCCAAGGGAGAACUCACAUGGGGAGGACCUUUUGUCAGAAAGAAACACCGUUGAAUCUUCACAGAGCUGAUUUCCAGGAGCAACAGAACCCAUGUAAUCAAAGUGGGAAGAAUUUCAGCAAGAAAUCACACCUCAUUCAGCUCCAGAGAAUUCGGUUAGGAGAGAAAACUUUUGCAUGUAAAAUAUGUGGUAAAACUUUCUAUAAAAGGGCAAAUCUCACCAGACAUCAGAAGAUACACACAGGAGAGAAACUGUAUAAAUGUAGUGAAUGUGAGAGAACCUUCAUCAUCAGUAAAACAGUCCUUAGAGAACAUCAGAGAACUCCUACUGGGGAGAAACACUAUGCAUGUGAUGAGUGUGAGAAACCCUUCUGCCGUAAAUCAGACCUAACUGUUCACUGGAGAAUCCACACAGGAGAAGAUCCCUUUGAAUGUAGCAAAUGUGGGAAAUCCUUCUGCCAGAAGUCAGCCCUCACUGCACAUCAAAGGAUUCACAACAGGUAUACCCCUCAUGAAUGCAAUGAUUGUGAUAAAACUUCUGUAAGAAGUCAGUACUCACUGCACAUCAGAGAACUCACACAGGAGAGAGACCUUAUGCAUGUAAAGAAUGUGAGAAUUCCUUUUGCCAUCAGUCAGCCCUUGCUGUACAUUAGAGAACUCACACAAGAGACAAACCUUACAGAUAUAAUGAAUGUGGGAAAUCCUUCUGUGUGAAGCCAGAGCUCACUAUACAUCUGAGGUGUCACACAGGAGGGAAACCCUAUGUGUGUGAAGAAUGUGGGAAAACUUUCUACCAGAAGUCAAAACUCACUGUACACCUGAGAACUCACACAGAUGAAAAACCUUAUAAAUGUGACAAAUGUCAGAGAACCUCUGGUGAGAAGUCAACCCUCGAUAGACGUCAGAGAACUCACGCAGGGGAGAAACCCUAUGGAUGUAAAGAAUGCAGGAAGACUGUCCAUCAGAGGUCAGCCCUCACUGUACAUCAGAGAACUCAACAGGAGAGAAACCCUAUGAAUGUGAUGAUUGUGAGAAAACCUUUUGCCAGAAGUCACACCUCAGCAAACAUCAGAGAACUCACACAGGGGAGAAAUCACGUGUGGCUGAGACUGGCUUUAUGUUUGCCCAAACUCACUAUCUUUUUCUUUUGGGGACACAGCCUGCAUUUCUCAGCCUUCCUUUACUGUGGGUGGGGCCAUGUAACUGAACUCUGGACAGGAGAAUUUGAACAUAUUUAUCAACAUUACUUCCAGGCCAGGCCACAAAAAAAUUUCCAUGCAUUCCUGCUGAUUAUUUUUUAUGCCCUGUGGUCUUGUAACGCAAAUUACCCCCAGGUUCGCCUUGGGAGCCACACAGUGCAGAUGGCAACUGGACUUAAGACAGAAAGGACUGAUAAUGGAGGGUGGAGAUUUCCCCAACUCUACCAGAAAGUUCUAUUUGUGUUUUACCUGAGUGAGGAAUAUUCACUGUUGGGCCCUUACAACACUACUAGUCCAUUGUGGCCAGUUCAUUUUAUGAAUUUGGGAUAGACUGUGGGAAGAAAUUACCAGUCCUUGUGUGGAAAAUUCACACAGGAUGGAACCUGUGUUGUCAUCCUUCUCCCCCAGUCAUUUGACGGAAAAAUGAAAUCAUUGGAAGAGACAAAGAAUGCAACAAAUGUAGGAAUGCCUUUAUCAGGCAGAGACAAAUCUUGAAACACUGAGAAUAAAAUAAAGCCUUACAAAUAUCU